AUGGUGUUUAGUGCUUCAGCGAGCCUGUUAACGCCUAACCUCUGUUUUCUUCCGGAGAAACCUCCCAUGAGACUCUCCGGCGCAGUAGCAAUUCGGUCUUCCUCCUCCUCCUCGGCCUCGUUAUCCGCUUCCAACUUCGAUCUGAGGACCUACUGGACGACUCUCAUCGGCGAGAUCAACCAGAAGCUCGACGAAGCGAUACCGGUCAAGUACCCAGCUGGGAUCUAUGAGGCCAUGAGAUACUCUGUCCUCGCACAAGGCGCCAAGCGUGCCUCUCCGGUGAUGUGCGUGGCCGCCUGCGAGCUCCUCGGUGGCGAUCGCCUCGCCGCUUUCCCCACCGCCUGUGCCCUAGAAAUGGUCCACGGGGCUUCGUUGAUACACGACGACCUCCCCUGUAUGGACGAUGAUCCAGUGCGAAGAGGGAAACCUUCAAACCACACAGUGUACGGCGCAGACAUGGCCAUUCUCGCUGGUGACGCCCUCUUCCCUCUCGGAUUUCAGCACAUUGUCUCCCACACGCCUCCUCACCUUGUUCCUCCUCCCACCCUUCUCAGAGUCGUCGCCGAGAUUGCCCGCACCGUCGGCUCCACCGGUAUGGCUGCUGGCCAGUACGUUGACCUCGAAGGAGGCCCCUUCCCCGCUUCCUUUGCUCAGGAGAAGAAAUUCGGAGCCAUGGGGGAGUGCUCUGCCGUGUGCGGAGGGCUCUUGGGCGGUGCCACUGAGGACGAGCUAGAGGUACUCAGGAGGUACGGGAGAGCCGUUGGGAUGCUCUAUCAGGUGGUUGAUGACAUGAGAGACGAUGAGGAGAAGACGAAGAAGAAGAAGAAGAACUAUGCGGCAUUCUUUGGAGCAGAGAGGGCAACGGAAAUGGCGGAAGAGCUCAAGGAGAAGGCGAAGAAGGAGCUGCAUGUGUUUGACAAAUAUGGAGGAGACGCAGUUGCUCCUCUCUACAGCUUCGUUGACUACGCUGCUCACCGACAUUUUCUCCUGAAUAUAUGA